CAAGACACGUGGGAUCAUUGCAUAUUGAAUUUAUGAAAGAAACGAGCAAUAAACAUUUUUAAAAUUUUUAAUACCAUGGACGUGUUUGAAUUAAGUAUUUGGAAAGGUGAUUGGGGUUUACCAACAGUUGACACGGAAUGUUUGCAAGUUUUGGUUUAUGCCAAAUUUAACGAUAUACCUCUGAAAAUUAACGCAAAUGCUAAUCCAUUUAAUACACCUAAUGGCAGGUUACCUGUAUUAAAGUGUAAAAAUGAUACGUUCAAUGCAGUCCAAGAUAUAAUAGCAUUUUUCAGACAACAACAUUAUAAUUCAGAAUACGAUUUAUCUCGGAAACAUUGUGCGACUGUUAUGGCAUAUGAAGCAUUUUUGAAAGAAAAGUUAUUUCCAGCAUUACAAUUCAUUUGGUGGAUAGACAAAGAAAAUGCAGAUAAAAUCAUAAGACCGUUGUAUUCUAAAGCAUUACCUUUUCCAUUCAACUUCUAUUAUCCUGCACAAUAUGAACGGAAAGCUCGUACUCUUAUUCAAGUUAUGUUUCCUGUAGAAGAAGAUAUGACUGUCAUCGAAAAUAAGGUAUACUCUGAAGCACAAAAAUGCUUGACUUUAUUAUCUACGAGUCUUGGUGAUUCCAAAUAUUUCCUGGAUAAAGGACCUACUGUAUUGGAUGCUAUUGUAUAUUCUUAUUUGGCACCAUUGCUCAAAGCUAACUUGCCAAAUUCAGCAUUACAAAAUCAUUUGAAAGCUUGUACAAAUUUAGUAGCAUUCGUAUCGCGCAUAUCGGAUAAAUACUUCGCAAGUGAAGGUAGCGAAUACCAAGCCAAAGAAACUGCUCAAAAUAUAAAGAAAUACUCGCAUAAUGAGUUUCCUAAUAAGAGAAGAAAUCAAAUCUUUGCUGGAGUUUUUACUGCAUUGCUAAUGACAACUUAUGCAUUAUCAUCUGGAAUAUUAGAGAAAUGGAAGUUGAAAAGAAUUCCUCUGAGACAUACAAGAAGAUAAAGAGUCAAGAUUUUUUGUUCGACUAUGAAUUUACGUUGAGAUAAGAAGAAA